AUGAUAUUACAAUACAUAAACGCACUGAACGCGUCGACGAAAUGGCGCGUCGUGCUCGCCUCGAAAAGUCCUCGCAGACAGGAAAUCUUGAGAAACCUGGGGAUCGAGUUCGACGUCGUCGCUUCCACGUUCGAGGAGAAUAUUUCUAAAGAAGGAGUGAAGGGGCACGAGUACGCGAUUUGUACCGCCAGGGAGAAAGCGAAAGAGGUUUAUCAUCGAACGACGAGAGAAGAACAAGAACAAAAGAAGAAGAGUAAUCUCAUCGUGAUUUCUGCGGAUACGGUCGUGGAAAGUUUCGGGAACAUAUUAGAAAAACCGAGGGACAUUCAAGACGCGAGAGCGAUGAUGGAGAAACACUCGAACAAUUCACAUAAAGUGCACACGGGCGUAUGCAUAGCGUAUAAUACGAACGAGAAGACUACACCUGAACUGAAACAUUUCUCGGAAACGACUGUUGUGAACUUUGCCGAAAUAGAACGAAAAGAAGUUGACGCGUUCUUGGCUACGAACGAGUGGACAGACAAAGCCGGAGGGUACGGGAUACAAGGGUACGCGUCUUCGUUCGUGAAAGGUAUCGAAGGCGAUUACUUCAACGUGGUUGGAUUUCCAGUGCACGCGUUCUCCAGAGAGUUGAAAAUCAUAUUAGAUGAAAUCGGAAUAGACUCGAUGUGA